UGGUGGAUCAGAACCAGGAUGGUGCGGAUCGCCAGCGCGCUCGGGCUCAUCAUCUUCAGCGUGGCGCUGCUCAUCCUGUCCCUCAUCAGCUACGUGUCCAUCAAGAAGGACUUCCUGCUCGGAACCACCAGAUACGGACCCAACGGAGGGCCCAGGAUGUACAUGUUCCACUCGGGGUUCCGAGAGAGGCCGCCUCGCAAACCUGACCUGAGCUCCCAGCUGGCCUUGAAGUACUUCGACCCGGACUUCACUCCUCUGACCAGCGCGCUCAGCGAGGACCUGCAGAACUCCUCCAGAUGGAGAUACAACAGCUCCGCCUUUCUGCAGCUGAGGAACGAGAUGUCUCAGUACAUCGACAUCCCCAACAACUUCACACUGACUCGAGACUCGGUCCGAGUCGGGCAGCUGAUGCACUUUGACUACUCCAGUCAUAAAUAUGUCUACUCCAUCGGUGAGAACUUCAGAUCGCUCCUCCCGGAGGCCUCGCCGAUCCUCAACAAACAUUACAACGUCUGCGCUGUGGUCGGGAACAGCGGGAUCCUUACCGGCUCACGCUGCGGUGCCCAGAUCGAGAAAUAUGAAUACGUCUUCCGGUGCAACUUUGCGCCAACGGAGAUCUUCAAGAAGGACGUUGGGCGUCGCACCAACAUGACGACCUUUAACCCCAGCAUCCUGGAGAAGUACUACAAUAAUCUACUGACUGUUCAGGACAGAAACAACUUCUUCCUGAGCCUGAAGAAGCUGGACAGCACCAUUCUUUGGAUCCCAGCGUUUUUCUUCCACACGUCGGCCACGGUGACAAGAACGCUGGUGGACUUCUUCGUGGAACAUCGAGGGCAGCUGAAGAUCCAGCUAGCUUGGCCUGGCAACAUCAUGCAAUAUAUAAACAACUACUGGAAAACCAAGCAGUUGUCGCCAAAGCGCCUGAGCACGGGCAUCCUGAUGUACACGCUGGCGUCCUCCAUGUGCGACCAAGUUCACCUGUACGGCUUCUGGCCCUUCGGCUGGGACCCCAACACGGGCAAGGAGCUGCCGUACCACUACUACGACCGGAAGGGCACCAAGUUCACCACCAAGUGGCAGGAGUCCCAUCAGCUGCCCGCCGAGUUCAAACUCCUCUACAAGAUGCACGCAGACGGACUGCUGAAGCUCACGCUGUCCCACUGCGCCGCGGGCUGAACCUGCAGCGCUCGUUCGGCCCGUGACCCGCAGCUUCCUACAGCCAGAACCAAACAGGACCAGACGGAGGGACAUGGAUUUAUGUCGUCAUGGAAACAGAAAGACCUUGACCGUAAAGCUAACGUGGCUAACUCCAAACUGGCAGUUUCAACAAAGAACGUUUUCAUUUUUAUGACUCCAACCUUUUGAUGUUUUACCGUAAUAAUCAUGUUUAACGAGCCAACGUCACCGGAGGAGUGCACAGCACAGAUCCUGAAUGUAGAAAAUGAGCAAAACGCUGAGCAUAGAUCAGAGCAGAUCACUUUCAGUACGCUUGGUAGAAUUUCUACAGACUAAAUUAAUAAACUGUUGUAAAAUAUCACAGGUACAGGAGCAGAAAGGUUUUUAAAGAAGAUGCAGCAAAGCAGGAUAUUCAAGAAGACCGAUGUGAGCAGAAAUAUAAAAUCAGUAAUUCAGAAAAUAAACUACGAAAAGGG